AUGUCUUGGAUAUUUGGUAAACCACAACAACCAUCGUCGUCAUCAGAUGACUCACUUAAGCAGAAGUUGGGAUUUGAUCCAAACGAAGUAUCGGACGUGCAAACCAUAAUUUCAACCCCAGGCUCAAUCAACACCACUGGCACCAACACCAACGGCGCCUCCGCGUCCUCCUCAUCCUACGCUGCUUUACUCCAUCCAUUAGCAGGAUUGGACAAGGGUGUCGAGUACUUGGACCUUGAAGAAGAAAAACUAAACCAAGUUGAAGGAUCACAAGGUUUAAUCCCCAGUAGAUCAUGGACCGAUGAUUUGUGUUAUGGAACCGGUGCUGUUUAUUUGAUGGGUUUAGGACUUGGUGGAUUAUCAGGUUUUCAACAUGGUGUACGCACAUUACCAGCAGGAGCACCAGGUAAAGUGCAAUUGAAUCACAUUUUGAAUAAUAUUACAAAGAGGGGUCCAUUUUUGGGAAACAAUGCUGGUGUGUUGGCAUUGACUUAUAAUUUAAUUGAUUCUAGUUUGGACGGAUUGAGGGGUAAACAUGAUGAUGUGAAUUCUGUUGUUGCUGGUGCGUUGGCAGGAGCAUUGUUUAGAAGUAGUAGGGGGUUGAAGCCUAUGGUUUAUUCGAGUGCGUUGAUGGCUGGUGCUGCUGGAUUAUGGUGUGGUAUCAAACACAGUUUGAAGUAA